UGAUGGCUGAUUUUCACACCGUGUUGAAAGACUUGGUUCUUCUUGUUCGACAGAAUACAAUCUUUUCAACAAUUUUUGGUGUACUUUUGACAAUCAGCAUUAUAUUCUUCAGGUACCUGCCUGUAUUACUGAUAGUAUGGUCAGGCCUGGCUGGGGUGUCCAUGUUCCAUGUCCUCUUCAAGAGAGUAUCGAGUUUACCCAAUUUUUUUCCAACCUUUCUACCCUAGGUACCUGCCUGUAUUACUGAUAGUAUGGUCAGGCCUGGCUGGGGUGUCCAUGUUCCAUGUCCUCUUCAAGAGAGUGUCCAGUUUACCCAAUCUCUUUGGAAUGUUUGAGAGGGAUAAGCUAGCUGGAGUCAGGAAGUCCACCCUAAAGGAAGCUUAUCAUGGAAGAUGCCCGGUGUGUGGCAAUGAUAACUGUAACAGACACAGAGGGGAGCUUUACCAUACAAACUACCAGCCAUGGAUUGAUCUGAAGAUUCCAAAGAGAGUAGAUGAUGCCUUGUCAGAGUUCUUUGAGCUGGUGUUGAAAGAGUAUGUGUAUUCUUGGUACAGUGAAUCUAUGAGCAAGGACGAGGAGUUUGUGAAAGAGCUUAGAACCUCUCUCAGGUACACCAUUUCAGUCAUACUCAGGAGACUCAAACAGAUUGACCUACCAACCGUCAUCAUUCACAAACUGAUCAAAGCUGGUCUGAGCCAUCUUGAUGUUUACCUUAGAGCAAAGAGAAAAGCAAGAUGGGGUGAAGACAUUCAGGACCUGACCAUAAAGCAGUAUGGUAAUCAUCUUCAUGUAGCAGUCAGGAAUAGACAUGCUGAGCUGGAGUAUAUCAGGAACCUGUGUGAGCUUCUCUUUCCAUUCAUCGUCUCUAAUGAACCACAGGAUAGCAAAUGUACGAUAUCAUUCCUGAGGGAGUUACUAUCCAGGUCUCUCAUCAUGCCUGCUAUGGAUGUACUUGCAAACCCAGAUGUUGUCAACAAGAUUUUAGAAGUCUUCUUCGAUGAGGAACCUAUGGCCAAAUCUACUGACCCACCAACAGAACCAGUGAACAUCUUGAAAGCAUUUUGUGAGGCUAGACCUUGUCAUGCUGAUAAUGCCCUUCACUAUGAGACGUCUGAGAUCCUGAGUAACAGCACUCUUCUCUUCCCAUUUCUUCAAUUCAUGCGUCGAGAGGGCGCUCUCAACCUUCUUCAGUUCUGCUUGACCGUUGAGGAUUUCAACCGCCGGAGCCUUGUUCCUGACAUGACAGACCAACAGAAACGAGACCUCCAUCUAGAAGCGAAGGAGCUCUACAACCUCUACUUUGCUCCAGAUGCCAUGGAUAGAAUCAACUUUGAAGAAGUUGUCGUCAAAGCAUUCCAAGAUAUUGUUACAGGGCCUCCUGAAGGAGUGAUUCGCAUGAGAAAGACUCUUACCCUCUUUGAAGCUUAUGAAUAUGUGUUCAGUUUGCUGGAGAGUACAUACUGCCCUCUAUUCCAUCAUUCGGAAGAGUACUACACCUUGUUAUGUGGAAAGAGAAGACUUGCAUUGGCCAGAGCAGGAAGCAGAGUGGCAAGCAAGAAACCCAGUGAAACAUUUGCUGCCAUGAGCAAAUUGGGAAGUAGGAUCAAAGGUGUCUUCAAAGGACAAACAGAUGGUGAGAGCCUGUUUAACUUAGACCUCUAUGAAGAAUCAAGUCAACCAUCGUCUGAUGUAGAUCAAAUAUCUGAUGAUGAAGACACCCACCAGACUGGUGUAUCAUCACCCCAACAUGAUCUGAGUGCAUGGAGAGUCAGUAUACCAGGUGUUGGGAUGAAGAUGGAAGGAGGGAAAGAAGGAUUUGUUUUCAUCAUCGACAUUCAGAGGGUUGAUGUCAGGGAAGGGGAUGGAGAGAGGAACUCCUGGCGGGUUGAAAGGAUGUACCAUGAGUUCUAUGCCUUGGAACAGAAGCUGAGAGAAUUCCAUGGUGUGUUUGAAGAUGCUCAGCUGCCUGUUAGACGACCGUUUGGAAGCAAGUCACAGGACUUCAUGGAGAAGAAAAGACCUGGGUUAGAGAAAUAUCUCCGGGUUCUACUUACCAAGCCAAUCUUGAGAGGAAGUCAGCUUCUCUAUACAUUCCUUACAACCAACGAAGAGUUUGUCAACAAGAUUUUUGGAGAUGUCAAUCUAGGGAAGUUUGUACGUUCAGUCUCCACCAAGGUCAUCAAAGAGAGAGGACAGCAUCUAGAGCGUUUCCUGGUGACCUUCCUUGCUUCUGUGGAAGCUGCUAGACCUAAAGCAAGUGCUGAUGAGGAUGAGACGGAUCCAGAUCUGACAGAGAAAGAAAUGCUAUCAAGUCUCCUGUUUGAAAACAAUGCUGGUCAGGAGUUGGAUAGACCAAACCUAAAGGAACCUUGGACCAACCCAGAAGCCAGCUACAUGCAGCUCAAUGGAAUCAUUCAGUAUGUCUUGUACUUGGCUCGCUCUGUCUUCGAUGUACCUGUAUGGAUGCAUCAGAUGAUUGUAACCUUUGCAAAGAUAUUUGGAAACUCACUGGAAACAUAUUUGGAUUAUUUCAUCAAUACUAAGACGGAGAUGUUGAAGAGUGAGCAGAUGGUGGAGCAUAUCAUGUAUCUACUCAGAGAUGUUCUAUUCUUUGAUGAAGACCCACCCAGGACGGAUGCACAGAAGCUUGAGAGGAAAGAGUUUGCCUUCCAACAAAUGCUCAAAUUCUUCCCAAGUAUAGUACCCAAGGUUCUUGGAGAAGAGAAGUUUUAUGAUGGAUGUAAGAUAGUCUUUGAUGCUCUGCAAUAUCCCAAGCUCAACAAACAGCUCUCUUACAUUCUCUUGGAUAUUGUCAUCAAGGAAAUCUUUCCUGAAUUAUCUGAUGAGGAUGAUGCAGAUGAGGAAGCUUCACAAUAUCAGGAAGAUCACUAUGAGAAAGAUUGAACUAAAAUGGCGUAACAAAUUGAACUCACAUCUCCCUUUCUUUUAAUAUCCUGGAAUAUUAUUCUGCAAGAAGAUAGUAUCUAAGCACUAGAAAGUCAUGAAUGCUGAGAAGAUGGGUACAUAGGUUGAAAGGCUGAAAGCAAAGAGGCCAGUUUAAGUAGUUUCUGUUACAAGGAAUCAGUAUUGUUGGAUUAUGUCUAUCCAACAGUACUCAAUUUCCUUUUGAUAACCAUGGUUAUCACUGUUCCAUUCAUUAGAAUCACAGUUAUGAAUUAUGAUCAUUAUUAGCAUAACCAUGAUCAGAAGAGUAGUAAAAUUUUCAGCAUUUAAUGCAACUAAAUUAUACUGAACUUUUCAUGCAAAUAUUGGACUUUUUUUUAAUGUUAAAUUUCUGUGGUUAUGUCAACAAUAACCAAUUCCUUCUGCCUACCGAUUUCAGUUAAUGCUACAUUUUUACUGAAAUAUUCUGAUGAAAGUUGGCAGCUCUUUUUUUUUUUUUUAGUCAAUAACUUUAUCUUUUAUAUUGGAUGCAUUUGUAUUACUUUUGGCAAGAUCUUUAUCAUUUUGCAAUACUCUAGAUUUUUUUUCAGAAGAGAUAUGAAGCCAAUUACUGUAAUAUAUUCCUUUCCAUGGUCCUUGCAAGCCAAGUAACUGCUGUGCUUUAUAAUGUUCUGGUCAGGAUUUCAAAAUGUCUGCUUGUUUGGAGUUAAAUGUCAAAUAUGCAUGUGAUUUUUUUUAACAUUGACCAAGCACUGAUUACAUUUUUAUAAGGGUGUGAUACUAGAAUUUAAAUAAUUCAUAAAACAGUAAAUCUAAAUAAAAAUUGAGAAUGAUGAAAUUACAUUACAUGCCUAUGGGCAGGCAAUGGGUUGUGCUGUACACUUAGAACUUGGAUCAUCAAUUUUGUUGUGAUAUUGAAACUAAAUCAUUCCAUUUUACAAUUAUUCCACAAUCAUGAAUUGGUGUAAUCUUACAGUUUUUUAAAAACAAUAUUUGUAUGUCAAGUAGGACUGCUCUCUUUCUUCUAUUUUGCGAAAAUGAUGAGAGUUGUAAGUCUAAAAAAUAACUGUAUGUGACAAAAUUGAAAUUACUAAUGACUAGUUGCAGUAGUGAUGAAUGUGUUUUGCUUCAUACACAUCUUUACAAAACAGGGUUAAACUGUAUCCGAUCAUGAUUAUGUUAUGUUUAUGUUUUAAUUCAGCAGUACUGUAGAAUUCAGCCCCCAAUCGUCAGAGUAGAAACUUGUUGCACUAAAAACUCUAUCGAUCAUGUCUCACUCAAUCAUGCAUACAAAUGAUGAAAAGAGGCUUACCGGUAUUCAUAGAGUUACAGUAUUCUGUGCAUUGUCAUCAUGAGUUUAAAGAUAAAGUUGAGUUCUGCGAUUGCAUUGUGAAAGAAAAGGUGUGUAU